AUGAAAAUUUUAGAACUCAAGGAUCAAGAUGGUGCAAUAGAUGCUGCUAAGUCGGAAGAGUUGUCUGUUUGUAUGGUCACAAAAAGAGUCGUUGAAAUCAUCCAAUCGUUCAAAAUUGCCUGCGUAAACAACAACACCUCAGCCUUUCACAUGUGUGGUUAUGUAAAAAAGCCAAUUGAAAAAGAAAAGGAUGGUACUUAUGAUGUCAGAAUUUUCUACUGUGGGGAGUAUGCCUUCAGAAUACGAGAGUUUUUGGGAGAACAGGUUUGCGUUGUUUUUGUUGCCUUUCCUGAAAGAAGAAGCAACUUAAACAUUGAUAAAAACGAAGGCAUUUUAAAAUGA